AAACGACCCGACAUUUCUACGAUUCGAUCACCAUUGACGUCAGAACUCAGAAUAGUAAAAUAUACUUAAAUCGCUGCUACGAACUCAGCAAGCUCCUCCGGAAAUGGGAAGAUGAUGGCGACCCUUUGACUCCUCGAUCCCAAUUAUAAAUCUUUUUUUGUUGCAUUUCCAUUGAUUCGCCUGAUCGGUUUUCCAAACGAGGGGAUACUCAAGGUUGUAACUUUGUUCGAGUUUUUGUGCAAUCGAUCUAAAAGGCUAUAAAGGAUGGUGAGGCCAUCGGAUUUCAAAGCGGUUCAAGGGUUUAUUCGGUUGCAUUACAGUCGGGUCAACCCAAUUACUAUCGGCCGCUCAAACCCAUCGGCUCUGUCUUCUCCUCCGGCUAUUCCCUCGAAUCGUGUUUCCCAGCUCCAGCCUAAGUUCAGCUUCCACAGCUUAUCUUCCAAACCCACUUCCACAAACGUGGGAUUAUCUCAGAUUCUGUCCUCUCCUAAGCUCAAUCCAAAGUUGCAGGCUUUGGGUUUGCCUCGCGUGAAUGUGAACUUUUCGUCGGCGUUUAGAUUGGUCUCCACUAAAGGCGCUGGAUUUCGAAAAGUUGAUGGCAUUUUCGCGAGGAAGGUUGUUGACAAGCCUGUGAAAGCUGUUAGCUCAACAUUUGCUAGGUACCGUGGGGCUAUAGGGUUGCACAUUGAUGCGUUUUGGAAAAAGAAUAGUCUUUUUGUGUUUGGAGCUGGAGGAGUGUUCGUAUGCAUUUUCCUUUGGAGGAUUAUGUUUGGAAUUGCCAGCACUUUCGUUGGGCUCUCAGAGGGCAUGGCCAAGUAUGGGUUCCUAGCACUCUCCUCUGCCAUCGUAGCGUUUUCCGGAUUAUACCUCCGCUCAAGGUUCACAAUAAAUCCGGAUAAAGUUUACAGGAUGACCAUGAGGAAGAUCAACACAGCAGCUGAGAUUCUUGAAGUCAUGGGUGCUCCUCUGUCAGGAUCGGAUCUACGAGCUUAUGUGAUGUCAGGUGGUGGCAUAACAUUCAAGAAAUUCAAGCCAACAGUUAGGAGCAAGCGAUGCUUUCUCCUAUUCCCUGUUCAAGGCUCUGAGAGAAAGGGACUUGUUAGCGUCGAAGUUAAGAAGAAGAAAGGCCAGUAUGACAUGAAGCUUUUGGCGGUGGAUAUUCCGAUGGCGUCUGGUCCUGACCAACGGCUGUUUCUGAUUGGCGAUGAAGAAGGGUACAAAGUCGGUGGUGGAUUAAUCUCUGAGUUAAGAGACCCUGUUGUGAAAGCCAUGGCAGCAACUAAGGAGUUCGAUAAUCUUGACGAAAUCGAAGAGGAAGAAGACGCUGAGAGAGAGCUUCAAGAAGCUGAAAGAAAGCACCGUGAAGAGACUGAGAAGCUCGAGAAAGAGAGCUCUUAAUUCGUUUUUUCUUCCCCGGAAAACUUGAAAACGUUUCUUCACAUUUCAAUAUCCCAUCAGUGGAUAUAAAAACGACACCUUGGUUCUUUGCUAACUUUCCGACAAAUAAAUUUAUCGGGCUAUUGCGUCCAAUCUUUGCUGUAGAUCAUCGCCAAAGAUUUUCUUCGUCUUGUAUCAGAGCUACACUGUUUUGUGAUUACUGAUUCUUCAUACAAGGCCGUGUCAGAUUCAAGUGUUUUGGUUUAUAACUUAUAUUUUCUGGUUUCACCGGUUUAUUCAUAAUAAAUGUACAACGUAUCCCAAAGAAACAAAAGCUAUGUCAUGUCCUAUGUAUCUUUGACCAGUUUCUAUACUACAAAAUUAGCCAUUAGUUAUUAUGGUUAAUCAAACCAAUUUCCCAUCGAAGAACAUGUAAAGAAAAAAUAUGUUGCUUAAAU